AUGAGAAGAACUGGAUUCAUUGUGAAGUGUAGUAGAUGCAAGAAACAAGGACACAACAAACUUACUUGCAAGGUACCAUCAACUACUGCACAAUCAUCUCAGGCUGCCAAUGCACAGUCAUCUCAAGCUACUACUGCACAAGUAUCCCAAGCAACUACUGUACAAGUAUCCCAAGCUACUACUGCACAAGUAUCCCAAGCUGCUCCUUCACAAGUAUCCCAAGCUGAUCCUUCACAAUCAUCUCAACCAACUCAAGCUCAGAAGACUACUCCCAAAUCAGCCAAGAAGACUACUCCUAAAGCAAAGAAGUUGGCAGUUAGAAGGCCAAAUGCACCUUUUAUCCCACCUGGUCCAACAACAAGGCUGACUGCUGCAAAAACAGCUGUAGGUCCAACAACAAUGAGGACAACACCUACUAAAAGGGCCACACCAAAAUGGAAACCAUAG